ACCUUCCAUCCAUCUACUUUAAUUUCCAUUCACAACCGCUAGCAGCACAGCGGCAUUGUAGUGGAAGGAGGACAGAGAGAAAAGAAAUCACAAGCAGUCUGUUAUCCGUGAGUUUAUCGACAUGUCUAACGAGACCGAGCCGACUGUUGACGAGGCGACUUCAGAGGAGCAGCAGGAGAUGCAGGACAAAGUUGUGAGUCCUGAGAAGGCUGAAGAAGCAAAGCUGAAGGCUAGAUAUCCUCAUCUGGGCACUAAACCAGGAGGCUCAGAUCUUCUGAGGAAAAGACUUCAAAAAGGGCAAAAGUACUUCGACUCAGGAGAUUAUAAUAUGGCGAAGGCCAAAAUGAAAAAUAAACAGCUCCCAGCAGCCACAGCAGAGAAAGCUGAGAUCACCGGAGAUCACAUCCCAACUCCUCAAGAUCUGCCACAGAGGAAGACCUCGCUGGUGGCCAGCAAACUGGCUGUUUGAUAUGAACUUUAUGAGGACUUUCCUGUUACCAUUCCUGAUGUUUUGAUCUCUGCUUGACCUUCAUUUUAUCUCUUUCUCUAGUGUUCUUUUGUGUCCAUUUCCUAACUUUCUCUUGCCUUUGUAAGUGCUCUGAAGAAAUCCUCUUUUGAUAAAAUGUUUGCUGCUGAACAUCUUGUAUGUGUGGAAACAAGACGUGUUGGCUGUAGAAGUAGACGUAGCUGCGAUUUCUACUCCCAGGUGUGAAUGCACUGUUAUCUGACUGAAGCAAUUAAACAGAAAACUUUUUUAGGAUUUUACUAGUUUUACUCACUCGCUCUCUUGCAACAAUCCAUGUUCAGACAUUUACACUGGUCUUUAACAAAAACCCUCUCAUUUGUUAUAACUAUUUCCAGUAGGACUCAGAGGGUUUUUUGAUGUGUGCUGCUUGCCUCCUGCAUGUGAUUGGUGAAACUUGCCUUAAUGAUAUCUGCCACGGUUUCUCUUGGGCAAUAUUUGCCCACUUUGAGCACGAAGCCCUUUGGGGUUUAUCCACAAACUUGUACCGAAGUGUUUUUUAGUUAGGUUUUCUGUUUCUGGGGCAGCUCGUUCAUAUUCUACUCAAAUUCAUAUCUGUGCAUAAGCACUGACUGUCACAACUGUGCCAUUGUUUUGUAAAUAAACUAGUUUUGCACAAGAA